GGGCUUUCGUCAUCAUGGUCCUAGAGCCGGCCCCCAUCCCGCAGCCAGUCACCGCGUCUCUCCGUAAAUACACUCGUGUACCAGACAUUUUUUUUUCUCUCCAAGCAUCACCCACCAGCCAUUAAUGUGCCGAUUCAGAUGUAAAGAUGGCCUCUCCUCAGCCUGGCAGCCCACGUCUUGCAGAGCAAUGCACUCCCCCUUCUCAGGAUGAAGAGAGCCAGCCGGAGGAAGAGCUGCCGAGGGAUCGGCCUGCGAAGAAACGUGGCAGAGGCAGGCCUCCAAAAGCCAAAGCUUCCUUCAAAUGCUCCGCGUGCACAGAGGCUUUCAAGAGUCUGUCAGCUCUGCGCAGCCACAAGCUGUCAGCGCACGUGAAGGACCGCCAGCAGCAGCAGCCACAGCAGCAGCCACAGCAGCCGCACACAUGCUCUCAGUGCACCAAAACAUUCACGAGCAAGGCUCAGCUCUCAAAGCACGAGCGCACUCACUCGGCCCAGCGUCCCUUUCAGUGUCCCGACUGUCACAAGGCUUACAAGACCCCCACAGAGCUACGCAACCAUAGCCGCUCUCACACCGGGGAGAAACCUUUCAUAUGCACUGAGUGUGGUAAGGCCUUCAUGCAGGCUAUAUGCCUGAGGAUCCACAUGACACAGCACAGCGGCGAGCGUCCUUACUCCUGCCGUCAGUGCUCUAAGAGCUACCCCACCCUGUCUAAACUGAAGGUGCACAUGCGCUCUCACACAGGAGAAAAGCCAUACUUCUGUGCCGAGUGCGGCAAGAGUUUUGCCGAUCCCUCUGUGUUCCGAAAGCACAGAAGGAACCAUCAGGGCCAUCGCCCGUAUGCCUGUGACGAGUGCGGGAAAACAUACACAGAGCUGAAGGACCUGAAAAACCACGAGCGCUCCCACACCGGAGAAAAGCCGUACCUGUGCUCAGACUGCGGCAAAGCUUUCUCCCGCUCCUCCUCUCUGGCCUGCCAUCAGCGCAUUCACUCUCAGAAAAAACCCUAUCAGUGUGAGCAGUGUGGCAAAGGCUUCACCCAGCUGUCCUCGUACCAGUCUCACCUCCGCACUCACUCCGGUGAGAAGCCCUUCCUCUGUCCACAGUGCGGCAAGAUGUUUUCCGACCCAUCCAGUUUCCGUCGCCACCAGCGAGCCCACUUGGGUUUCAAGCCCUACCCCUGCGAUAAGUGUUCCAAGAGGUUCAGGCAGCCGGCUGAUCUGGCCGUGCACGAACGUGUCCACUCUGGAGAGCGACCCUACAAAUGCCAGAGCUGUGACAAGGCCUUCGUGGCAUCCUGGGAUCUGCGGCGUCACAUGCUUGUCCACACAGGACUCAGGCCCUUUUCUUGCACCGAGUGUGACAAGUCAUUCGCCGAGCGCUCCAGCCUCAACAAGCACCGGCGCGUGCACUCUGGAGAGAGGCCUUUCAAAUGUGAGGAGUGUCUGAAGUCAUUUGUUGUGUCCUCAAGUCUGCGCAAACACGAGAGAACUCACCUAGCUGAGCAGUCGGAACAACAACAACAACAACAGCAGCAGCAGCAGCAGCAGCAGGAGACGGAGGCAGGAUCAGCUUCAGGCUUCACCCCCCACACGACUCUCCCUCAGUUCUCCUGUACACAUUGCGAUGCUACAUUUGGAACCUGGGAUGAAGUUCAGGCCCAUGAAAACCUGCACUCCAUCGACUCCGCUCCCCCGAAUGUUACCAAAAUUGUGCCACUGGGCUCACACGUCUGCGAAACCUGCCAGGCGGAGUUUGCACAGCUGGCUGAUUUACAGGAGCACGAGAAGCAGCAUCCCAAGCCGAGGCCUCAUGUCUGCAACAGCUGCGGCAAAGGCUUCCUCAACAAAUCUGGGCUGCGUAAACACCAGAAGAUCCACUCCGCCAACAAACCCCACAGCUGCCCCCACUGCGGCAAAGCCUUUCUGUUUGCCGCCUACCUUCGCAAGCACUUACGGACUCACGCAGACGCUGCCCAGGCCUCCCAACAACUCACCGACUUAAACAUUAUCCACACGGACCCGCUCCCCUCUCCUCCUCCCCCCAGUGAGGUUUCCCCCUCCACUGUCGAACCCAGCACCGUAUCGCUGACGGUCCCAGUGACUGUACCUGUGACUGGUUUUCAGACUCUGCCCGAGUACCUGGUGAAAGAAGAGGGACUGUAAGCUGUCCGAUUUUUGGUUCCACAAACAUUUAGACUGUUGCCUUAAAUCUUUUGUGACGAUGGGUCUUAUUUAGAAAAAAAUGGUAUUAUAUUUCAAAAUAACUUCCUUCAAAAAAUGUCUAAAUAGAUUCUCCUACAAUUCAUUACACUGCUCUGUCACUGUUUUGUAUUGCCAUGAUAUUUGUAAGUUGUUACAUAUGAUGUUCAUAUUUUAAAAUAUAUGCGCUACUAUAAUUAGCCGAUUAAGGAAUUGUCUUAUCUGUUGUAAUCUCAUAAAAAAAGUGGUGUUGCAAACAUACAGUAAAUGCUGAUUACCGUAAAUUGUUGUGAUUUCUGGUAAACAUGUUUUUAUAAUACAUUUUAAUUAUAGCUUCUCUGACAUUUUUAACACUGUAUAUUUCCAUCUUAUAAACAUAAUUUGUUUUACUGUAUAAGAUAUUUGUAAUCACUGUCAUCUGAUAUUAUAUUAAGUGUCAAGUAAAGAAAAAAAAAAAGAGUGGAAUUCCUGAAUAUUAAAUCAGUGGAAUUCAAUUUUUAUACCAAUAAAAAUGUGUCCUGUGCAAAAA